AUGUACUUCACCAAGAUCGCCGUCGUUCUCUCCAUGGCCGCUUCGACCCUCGCCCUGCCCACCGGCGCAGUGACCCCCAUGCAGAAGCGUGCCCUCACCUUCCGCCCCUACUCCGAGUUCCAAGUCUCGGACGGUGUUGCCGGCAACGCUCUUGAGGAAGUCCAGGCCAAAUUCCCCAUCGACACCAGUGACCUCGCCAACGUCUCUGACGCCGACCUGGCCAUCAUCCAGGCCGCCCGUGAGACCGCUGAGAGUGCCGAGACGGACGCCUUCAACUCGGCGGUCGAGUCUGCCAGCGGCGACGCCGCCGACGCCCUCCAGAACGGAAAAAUCAAGAACAAGGUCCUGAAGCUGUUCCUCGAGACCACCGCUUUGCAGAUCAAGCAGGCCCAGGGUGAGGACAACCAGGACAAGAUCGACGAGGAGCAGAAGAAGCUCGACACCAACAUCGCCACUGACAAGAAGAACGCUGGUGCCACCAGCCAGAGCGUCGACUUCACUGACGACGUUCAGCCCGACGCGUAG